UGAUCAAUCACCAACGCAGCGGUUACCCUUUGCAGCAACAUAACAAACUCAGAAAGAAGAAGGAGCGUGUGUCCCGUCGGAGGCGUGUACCACUCACUCACUCAGAGCGCUCCGCCCGCAGAUCACCCCCAGACCCACCUCAUCGUUUCAGUCAAAAGACAGCAUUGAACCACCAACCAUGGCCUCUUCCUCUCUACUCCCUUCUCUUUUGUCUCCUUUCCCCACCCGCCCUCCCAACCACCACUUCUUCUUCAGAAGGAAACCCCUUCCCUUGGUCACGGCCUCGUCCCUCGGCAACCCCCCUCCCAGGAGCAAGACCGGGACCAAGACCAGCACCGGCUCGGGCUCUUGGGUGAGCCCGGACUGGCUUACUGCUCUCGCCCGCUCCCUCGCCCCCCGCGACGACUCCGGCAUCCCCGUGGCCAAUGCCAAGCUGGAGGACGUCUCCGACCUCCUGGGCGGCGCCCUCUUCCUCCCACUCUUCAAGUGGAUGCUCGAGUACGGCCCCGUCUACCGCCUCGCCGCCGGCCCCCGCAAUUUCGUCGUCGUCAGCGACCCCGCCAUCGCCAAGCACGUCCUGCGCAGCUACGGCACCAAGUACGCCAAAGGCCUCGUCUCCGAGGUCUCCCAGUUCCUCUUCGGCUCCGGCUUCGCCACCGCCGAGGGCUCCCUUUGGACGGCGAGGCGCAGAGCCGUUGUUCCAUCUCUUCAUAAGAAAUAUUUGUCGGUGAUGGUUGAUAAGGUGUUCUGCAAAUGUGCUCAAAGAUUGGUGGACAAGCUUCGGCCGUACGCUGCAAAUGGUGCUGCAGUGAACAUGGAGGAGAAGUUCUCUCAAUUGACCUUAGAUGUGAUAGGCUUGUCUCUGUUCAACUACAAUUUUGACUCGCUUACUUCAGAUAGUCCGGUUAUUGAGUCAGUUUACACUGCAUUAAAAGAGGCGGAGGCUCGCUCCACUGACAUUUUACCAUAUUGGAAGAUCUAUCUUCUAAGGAAGAUAAUACCUAGGCAGAUAAGAGCAGAGAAAGCAGUUACCAUAAUAAGAAAGACUGUGGAAGAACUUAUUACAAAGUGCAAGGAGAUUGUAGAGGCUGAAGAUGAACAAAUUGAUGGGGAGGAGUAUGUAAAUGAGUCAGAUCCUAGCAUCCUUCGUUUUUUACUAGCUAGCCGUGAAGAGGUUACUAGUGUACAAUUGCGAGAUGAUCUUUUAUCGAUGUUGGUUGCGGGUCAUGAAACAACUGGCUCAGUAUUGACAUGGACACUUUAUCUUUUAAGUAAGGAUUCAUCUACUUUAAUAAAGGCACAGCAAGAGGUUGACAAAGUUCUACAAGGAAGACUUCCUAGAUAUGAAGAUGUCAAAGAGCUGAAGUACUUGAUGUGUUGCAUAAAUGAAUCCAUGCGUCUUUACCCACAUCCUCCAGUUUUGAUUAGGCGGGCUCAAGUUGCUGACAUACUUCCUGGAGAUUAUAAGGUUAAUGCUGCUCAAGACAUAAUGAUUUCUGUGUAUAAUAUACAUAGGUCACCUCAGGUGUGGGAUAGAGCUGAAGAAUUUCUGCCUGAAAGAUUUGACCUGGAAGGACCAGUUCCAAAUGAGACAAAUACUGACUUCAGAUUCAUCCCGUUCAGUGGAGGGCCACGCAAAUGUGUGGGAGACCAGUUUGCCUUGCUUGAAGCAAUUGUAGCACUAGCAAUCUUUUUGCAGCAUAUGGACUUCAGACUGGUUCCUGAUCAAAAUAUCGCCAUGACCACUGGAGCUACUAUUCAUACAAUGAAUGGUUUGUAUAUGACGUUAAGUCCACGGAAAGUGCAGCAUGAUUGUGCUUUUCUUUGAGUGAAUCAAGCGGGGUCAAUUACUUAACAUGAGAUGGAGGCUGGAGUGAGGAUCACAUCAAGGCUUCCAAGUACCAUGUGGGAGCAUUUCUAUAUUGCUGAGCAUCAUGGGUUUAUAGGUUUUCUAUGUGAAACCAUAAUAAACAACCUGCCACGUCAGAAGAUUUUCCAAGGUUGUUUGAACAUUUCACUGGGCAACUUUUGCAUCUUGGAAAAGCUGUCCAUGAUAUGAAACUUGGUGAACAAUCAAAGUUAAGUGAACGUUCAGAUGUGAACAGCACCUGUUCUUGCUCUCAAGGAUGACAGAUUGUUCGAAGAUGCAAAAGCAGUGCAGCAAAUUAUUCUGAUCAAGAGUGAAAGAGGUUGACCACCGUUUUUGAAAUAAUUAUAUGGUUACAGUGAACCAGCUUUUUCCCCUUCUUUUUUUUUUUUCUUUUUCUUUUUUCUUUUCUGGGU